GAGAGAGAGAGAGAGAGAUUCAAAAAGAGUGUGAGAGGUGGAUGAGAGAGGGCAGGAGAGGAACACAGUGGGUUUCGAAGAGUUUGAGUUACCGAGGGAAACACAACAGAGAGAGAGAGACACACACACACACACACACACAGGCUGAGGGGUGUGUCAUAGCAAUUUAGUUCCUCAAGGAAGUACAACUCAACAUUAUCUUAAGACAGUGUGGCCGGAACAGAGGCGCUGCAGGAGGGCUGCUGCUGCUGCUGCCGCUGCCACUCUUUUCUGGGUUCUGGUUCUGGUGAAGAUGGAGGGAUCGGUUUAAAUCCAACAGCCUGAGCUGUCAACCCGGAGCAGAGGGAGAGAGAGAGAGAGAGAGAGAGGCACAGCCGAGGAGGGAGGGGGACGCAGCACACACUCUCACACACACACACAGACACACAAAAAGGCAGACAUGGCCGACUUCAGUACCAAGGACAUGGCCUUGAAGGUGCAGAAGAAGCUCCUCAGCUCCAUGGCCAGCAAGAGCUCGGUGCAGAUGUUCAUCGACGACACCACCAGCGAGAUCCUGGACGAACUGUACCGCAUCUCCAAGGAGUACUCGGGAAAUAAGUCGGAGGCCCAGAAGGUUAUCAAGGACCUGAUCAAGAUCGCGGUGAAGAUCGGCCUCCUGUUCAGGAACAACCGGUUCAGCACCGAUGAGCUGAGAGUCGCCCAGGACUUCAAGAAGAAGCUGCAUCAGGGGGCAAUGACGGCGGUCAGCUUCUACGAGGUGGAUUACACCUUCGACAAAGCGGUGAUGGCCGACCUGCUGACGAACUGCAGGGACCUGCUGCUGAAGCUGGUCAACACACACCUCACCCCCAAGUCCCACGGCCGCAUCAACCACGUCUUCAACCACUACUCCGACCCGGAGCUGCUGACCAAACUGUACGAGCCCGACGGCCCCUUCCGACCGAACCUCACCAGGAUCUGCAAAGGACUCGACAAACUGGUGGAGGAAGGCACAAUAUGACGGGGGAGCAGUCAGACACUGGGAGGCCUACAGGCAGACACUGAAGACUGAGCUGCUGGACAAGUCAUCAUGAAUAUAAAACAUAUAUAUAUACACUGCUGCUGAGGACCGGCAGCGGAAAGAAGAGCCCCCCCCCCCCCCGUGGUUCUGGAGGAACACGUGGGAUCAAAACAAAAGCUGGUUCGGUCAUCCCUCAGUGUUUUAAAGUUUAGAGGAGACAUAUCGUCCGUGGACACCAAACUUGAAUUUAAACAGAUUUAUAUUCCACUGGUUUUUAUUAGAUAGUAAAUUGUCAUCAGAUGUUUUAUUAUUUGAAAAGUUACUACUGAUGUUCUGCAUUAUGGAGAAAACACAAGAGAACAAGUCAGGGAGCAACACUGAAAUACAGCACUGCCACCUGGUGGUCAAACUGACGCAUAAGCAGCAACUCAACGUGCAGACACAGUAAAGAGCUCAGAACCUCACAGUGGACAUUUCCCCUGACGUCACUGUGCAGCUACCAACAUGAUUCAAAGCGUGUUGACGGCGACAGCUUCCAGCUUAAUCCCAUGAUUUGUGUUUUCCUGACAAACGGCCGACACUCAUUGGUUGAGAUAAAGACACAGUGUGUUAUUCUUCUGGUUUCCAUGAUGUUUAAUUCCAACAGACAGACUGGGAAGUGAACCCCUGACCGGACGCUCCAGCUCCUGUUACAGUCUUUUUCCUUCUGUGCAACAAUAACAUGGAGAGACGUCAGUUACAGAAACAUUUACAGAUCAAUGGAGAUUAAUACUCAGACCUGAACAUUGGAUCAACACCUUUUUUUAUUUUUGCUUUAAAAUAAACUUAAAAAAGAAAACGAAGUUGGAAACAUUUACAUAAAAAAUAAACAAUAUUGCUGUGGAUAUAUA